AUGUCGAUUACAAGCUUUAAGAACAGACCAAAAAAAGCAAUCAUUAAGAAGAGAACUAAAAAGUUCACCAGAUUCCAAUCUGAUCGUUUCUUAAGAGUAAAACCAAACUGGAGAAAGCCAAAAGGUAUUGAUUGUCGUGUACGCAGAAAAUUCAAGGGUAAUUAUUUGAUGCCAAAGAUUGGUUAUGGUAGUGAUGCCAAGACUCGCAAGAUGCUUCCAAACGGUUUGUAUAAGUUUACCGUUUCAAAUCCCCAGGAGGUACAUAUGCUUUUAAUGCAUAACAAGACUUUCUGUGUCGAGAUUGCAUCCGGAGUAAGCAGUCGUAAGAGAAGAGAAAUCUUGGAGAGAGCUGAACAGUUAAAUUUGAAGGUUUUGAACAAGAAUGCCAGACUCGCAAUCGAGGAGGAUGAAUAA